AUGUUGCUGCCGGACCAGACGUACGCCGACUACGAUGUGGGCCGCCACCAGCUGUUGACCUUCCACAAGGGCAGGAGUCGCGGCUUGAAGUUGAAGUCCAAGCUGCAGCGAUCGAAGAGCUCCGAUGCCAGCAGCAGCAGCUACGAGCGAACGGCGGACUUCUUUGAGAACAUACCCGACUUCCUGGGCGACUCCCUUCCCGCCUUCCUCUACAGUCCGCAGGAGCAGAAGGACAGGUUGCGUUUGGGACAGGAUCAGCAUCAGAAUGAGCUGGAGGAUGAGGAUGAGGACGAGAAUGGACUGGAGGGGGAGGAUCAGGAGAGCGAGAGCACCAGUCAGAGCGACAACUGCGAGGACGACGAUGUCCUGCGGCUGUGCGAGGACUUCCUGUGUCGCCAUCGCAUGCGACCCGACUUCUUCUGCCAAUACCACAAGGCAGUCAGUUCCGCUACGCCGUCACCAAAGCAAAGGAAAACUUCCACCCCUGUUGUGGGGUCCAUACCCAAAUCUCCCCAAGGAAAAGCCAAAACGGACGUAAAGGACUUCAAGUCCAACAGGACCAACGCGGUGGUGGAAAGGUUUUCCAAGUUCUCAGCUAUUUACACUCUUCCUGUGCCCAAGAGGAAAAAGGCGUGCCAGAAAACCACAGGAAAUAUAACAGGUAGGAUUUAA